AUGUUCUCGGAAUAUGCGUCCAGGUUCUUGGCGCAGUCGCAAUCCCGACUUUCCAACUUUGCAGGCCAAGUCGAAGGCAAUGAAAAUCGACCACGACAACCGAACGACUGGUCAUCGCGACCUCCGCGAAAUGGCGGACGGUCCUUCCUCAGCAGAGGCUACGGUGGAAACCCGUAUCAGGCGGGCAGCUCGCGUUUUGGGCAGGUGGGCUUCGGCUCCCGCAUUUCCACCGCCCAGGACGCGCCGCUCUUCCACAGCACGCUCGACGAGUACAUGGAGGACGACGAGGGGGACGAGAGGGACCGCGAAGCCGCGGAUAUGGCCGCCCUUCACAUGUCGCGGCGCGUGGCCGCCGCGAGCAAGAUGGCAGAGAGCUCUGAGACGGAACCAGACGCCAGCCGCGGCUCGCUGGAGCAGAGCAACGAGGGCCCCGGGCGCAGGUACCAGGACCGUGGCCUGCGGAGGGGUAUCCGUAGCAGCUGGAACGGGACGAGGAGUUUUGGCGGACGCACUCGCGGGAGAGAUGUCAUAGACGAGGAGGGAGAGGAUAUCCCGCGUGAGGGCUCCGAUCGGGAUUCGGACACGAACCCUAAAAUGGUCGACAUCGGGCUGGACUCCCAGAUCCAGGACGCCGAAGGCGAUCACGACGACGACGACGAUGACCCAUCUGCAUCUCUGCUGAACGAGGCGCCGACGGACUCUAGCCCGCCUGCAUUCCAGAAGUUCCGGCCCAAGUCCGGGGACCGCCGCAAAUUCCCGCUGAGGAGGGAAGCCACUCAAGAGGACGACUUUGAAGAGACUCAGCAGGCGGGCUCGGACGACGAGGCCCUCCCUGAGACGGUUCCCCUGGCCGAAGGGGAGAUUUUCAAGUACGACCCCUUUUUCGCAUGGAUAUUCCUCAUCGCAUUGGCCGGUCUGGUGUCUACGUUUGUGCUCGUCUGGCUGCACACGGGCACGCCUAAAAAGGGAUGGGGCGACACUGUUUACACGACAUUACAAGCAUCCUUCCACAUGCUGGCCGUCGACACUCUCAUAUCGGUCCUAGUGUCUUUUGUCUGGCUGGCGGCGCUUCGGUCAUUCGCACGGCCGCUGGCGCUCGUGAUUCUCGUUGCGGUGCCCAUCAUCAUGUUUUCCUUCACGCUGUAUCCCUUCAUUUCCAGCUACGAGGGCCGGUCGCAUGGGGCCAGUUUUCAGGACCGGGCCAUGCGGUGGGCUGCACUUGUCCCAGCCAUCUCGGCUGUAGUCUGGGUGUACAUGGCCUACAAGGGCAGGUAUGCCAUCCGCCAGGCAAUCGAGAUCCUGGAGUUCUCCACCAGGAUUCUCGCGGCGAACACGGCUCUCCUCAUCUUGGGUUUCGGUUGUCUGGCAUUGAUAGUGAGCUGGACGUGGAUCUGGAUGUGGAUGUUCUCGAGAAUCUUUUUAGGGGGCUACUUUUCGCGAAGGCUCGCCAGGUUCAUCAUCAGCGUGUCUAGCUGGUGGCUUGGGAUCUGGUUCGUCCUCAUGUACAUGUGGACCAUCGGCGUCAUCAAUGCAGUGCAGCGCGCGACGACGGCGGCGACGGUGUCACAAUGGUACUUUCACCGCAACGCGGCGCCGGCACCGACGUCGGCGGAGAUUGUCACGGCGGCGCUCAACCACGCGACGACGACCAUCUUUGGAAGCAUCUGCGAGUCGACGCUGCUGGCACUGCUCAUCCGGGCACCUCUUCUCGUGCUGCCUCGGAGAGUGGCCAACAUUCUUCAACACAUCGCAGCCAUGUGGAUUCCGACCCCUAUCGCGGCGCUCACGAAUCCUUUGACCAUCACGUACGGGGCGAUUCACUCGCAAAACCUGCACACGGCGGCGCGCGGCCUUAGCCAGAUGGACUUCCUCUCGCCGCAGCGGCCGACGACAACAUUGACACCGCAAGUGUUCAGCUCAAGGCGGUCCAGUCACUCCCCUUUGCUUCCCUAUCGACUAGCAAAGAUGCUUUUGUACGCAACACGGUUCAUCAUGGCCACGGCGCUCGGGUUUGCGGGAUGGGUCAUGACAGCGAAGCAGCUCUCGAUCGCUCUGCCGGAUGGGAUGGGGGUGCGGGGUUCGGCGUACGCAUAUGUGGUUGGCAUAGUGGCCAGUUUCAUUGGGUUUUCGGUCAUGGGAGCCAUGGAGGGGAUUCUCAGCGGCAUCUUGGAUGCGGUGGUCAUCUGCUACGGCAGCGAGCGGCGAAUGGCCAGCGGAGGCGGCGCCUACUGCAUGGAGGCGGCCUACCUCUUUGGUGAGAGGCGGCGGGACGAACGGGGCCUGCCUUGA